CAUCCAGUUGCGUUUAUAGGCUAGCUAGUAACCGGCUGUUUGCACUUCAGAGAGCACAACAAGUAGGGACAGUAUGCCUACUAAAGUAGCCUAGCUACUGGUUUUAUGGAUUAUUUAGGAUAUCGAUUUGUAUAAUUAAGUCUAUAAUGGUUUCUAUCACGGUAAAUGACCUCACUCAACUUAAUAACGCAGUCGGCGRGAUGCAACUCCCUCGUUUCAUGACGUUUGUUCUGGUCAUUUCUUGUGAGUUGUACCGGGCAGUCGCGGGUCCGGGCGCUGGGUUGAAGACAUGGGAGAGGUUUAGUAAAUUGGACUAUCCCGGUGACAAAGCUUUCCUCUACGACACCUUUCCUGACAACUUCAUGUGGGCGGUUGGAACGGCAGCUUACCAGGUGGAGGGUGCGUUUGAGAAAGACGGGAAGGGCCUGUCCAUUUGGGACACUUUUACGCGCGGCGGGAACCGGAUAGCUACCGGGGACGUUGGCAGCGACAGCUACCAUAACACCCAAAGCGACGUCCGCGCGCUCAAACAGCUCGGGGUCAGUCACUACCGCUUCUCGCUCUCGUGGUCGCGGAUAUUUCCAAACGGCAGCCGCGGUAGCUACAACGAGAUCGGUACCAACUACUACCGGACGCUAAUUCGGAAGCUGAAGGAGAUCAACGUGCAGCCGGUGAUCACGCUAUAUCACUGGGACUUACCUGACAACCUGCAGAGAACGUUCGGCGGGUGGAGCGACCCAGCGCUCGUGGAGCUUUUCCGUGAUUAUGCAGAUUUCUGUUUCCAAACAUUCGGUGAUGAUGUGAAGUAUUGGAUCACGAUAGACAACCCGUUCCUGGUGGCGUGGAACGGCUACGGUACUGGAAAGGUGGCUCCGGGGAUCAAGAAUGACCCGGACCUGCCGUUUAGAGUGGGACACAACCUGAUCAAGGUGAGAGAGAGAGAGCACUAAAUCACAGGRUCCGUCCAAAAUAGCACACUGUUCCCUAUAUAG